GGAGGAUGGUGCCCCGUCCAGUAAGGAGAUGUUUUAUAACCAGGUGCUGAGCUUCCCAAGAUGGCCGCGGUGUGUGUAGUGUGAUCUUGGUUCCAUAGUCAAGUUCUGCUGGAACUGAGCAGCAGCUGAGAGCUGCAGAACGCUACAAGAAUGGCCUAUGCAGAUGACGCUGAUGAAGACUACAGACUAUUCGAUGGCUCCGACAGUCCGGAAGCACAUGAGAGCUGCAGUGAUUGGAACUUCAGCACUGGUGAAUCGAGUAACGAGAGCUCGGAAGAGGAGGAGAGGGUUCAGCAGCAGGAAUUGGAGUCGGGAUCGAUAUCGGGAAUGACAAACAAUGAUGAGGAUUCAUCCAUGAAUGACAUUCCAGGACUGGCUACAUGUGAGAUGUGCGGCAUUAAAGGGGUCAGGGAAACCUUCUUCUCCAAAACCAAGAGGUUCUGCAGCGUCUCUUGUUCUCGGAGUUACUCCUCCAACUCGAAGAAAGCCAGCAUCCUGGCUCGGUUGCAGGGGAAGCCACCGACAAAGAAAGCCAAAGUGUUGAACAAAGCUGCGUGGGCAUCCAAACUGGGCAAGUUUCUCCAAUAUCACUCUGGUGAGGCGACGACGAACAGCAGUCAGAAAGCCGGUUCUGAUGCUGCCCAAGGGUUUGAAUGGGGGAAAUAUAUUGAAGAACAGAACAGCAAAGCUGCCUCUGUUGGCUGCUUUAAACAUGUUCCACUAUAUGACCAGUGGGAAGAUGUUACAGAAGGCAUGAAAGUGGAAAUAUUGAAUCAUAACUGUAAUCUUCCUAACAAGGUCUACUGGAUAGCCUCAGUCAUCAAAUUAGCAGGUUACAAGGCACUACUGAGAUACGAGGGAUUUGAAGAUGACUUGCAGCAAGACUUUUGGUAUAAUCUAGGGAAUGCAGAUGUCCACCCAAUUGGCUGGUGUGCAACACUCGAUAAACCACUUGUGCCACCUCAGGCUGUGCAAAACAGAACCACGGAUUGGAAAGACUAUCUGUUAAAGAGACUAAUUGGUUCCAAGACUCUCCCAGUUGACUUUCACGACAAGAUGGUGGACAGCAUGAAGUACACAUUCCGACAGGGGAUGAGGGUGGAGGUUGUCGACAAGGGACAGAUUUCACGCACGAGGAAAGCCAUUGUGGACAGCGUGGUGGGCGGGCGCCUGCGGCUUCUGUACGACGACUGUGAAGAGGACGAUGACUUCUGGUGCCACAUGUGGAGUCCGCUCAUCCACUCGGUCGGGUGGUCCAGGAAAGUGGGCCACAAAGCAAGGCACGGGGAUGGGGGCCACAAAGCAGACACAUACCCAUCAUAUAGGAAGAUCUACUGUGAUGCUGUACCCCACCUCUUCAAAAAGGUUCGAGCAGUUUACACACACGAUGGUUGGUUUAAGGAAGGGAUGAAACUGGAGGCCAUUGAUCCAUUGAAUUUAUCCACCAUUUGCGUGGCCAGUGUCCGAAAGGUGCUACUGGACGGGUAUCUGAUGAUUGGCAUUGACGGCUCUGAGGCGGCCUAUGGAUCAGACUGGUUCUGUUACCAUGCCUGCUCCAAUUCCAUCUUUCCUGUGGGAUUCUGUAAGAAGAAUCAAAUUGCAUUAACGCUACCACAAGGCCACGAGACGGACUUUGACUGGGAAACAUAUUUAAUAGACUCUGGCACUGUGGCAGCCCCUGCUAGUCUCUUUAUUCGGGACAUUCCAUAUCACGGUUUUGAGCCCGGGAUGAAGCUGGAGGCUGUCGACCUGAUGGAGCCUCGCUUGAUCUGUGUGGCCACCAUCACCCGUGUGGUGAACCGCCUGCUGAAGAUCCAUUUUGAUGGGUGGGACGAUGAGUAUGAUCAGUGGGUGGACUGCGAAUCGCCAGAUGUGUAUCCAGUAGGCUGGUGUGAGCUUACGGGCUAUCAACUUCAAGAGCCUGUAGCACCAGCUUCUGAAAAACAGGCAGCAGAAACCAACAAGUCGAAGAAGUCGAAGAAGAAACAGAAGGGGACGCCGUUGGUGAACCAAGGAAUGAAGGAGCAGCCAGAGGCAUUACUCAACACAAAAAGAAAGGAGGAACCGACUGAAGAUGAAAGUACGGACUUGUUUGGGCUCCUGCCCGGCAAUGUCUGACAAUUCAGCCGAUGUGACUGCUCUUCUUGGACGG